AAGUGUCCGCGGGGCAACUGAGAAGCUUCCUGUCCCUUCCUCCACUUCUGUGUUGUAGCAUGGUCACCUUCUGUCCAGAGUGUGGCAAAAGUAUCGAAUCAACGUUCAAAUUCUGCCCCUACUGUGGAAAAUGUUUGCCUAUAGAGGAGCACGGGGAGUCUCCAACCUUUGUCAAACCACGGGCAUCAUCCUUCCGAGGCUCCAGGAAAGAUCUGAACUCCAGUUCUGAAAUCUCUUGCAAGAAAGUGAAAUGGUCCAGCUCUGUCAUCUCUCCCCCAUCAUCUCUCUUCUCAGACAGUGACAGUUCUGAGUCUGAAGAGUUCUUGAGUCGGUCUGAGAGGCCCAAAGGUUCCACAUCCCUUUCUGCCUCACUCACUGGACUGGGAGUCUCUCGUGGGCAUGGAGCAGAGACCCUGGGUAGUGCACAUGGUAGAUGCUCGACUACUAGCCAAAAGAUGGGCGGUUUGACCCUACCCAGAGACGCCUCGGAAGACAGGCCUGGCAGUCUGCUUCUGAAAGGUGUCAGCCUUGAAAACCCUAUGGAGCAUAGCUCUACUCUGCACACAUGGAGUCACCAUGAGUCGGAGUCGACUCGACGGCAACUAGCAACAACAACAUCAAACUUCACUCAUCCAAUAAGGCCCGUUCUACUCAACCAUCCAUCCUCCUGCAGGGACCUGGAACAAACCUCCAACCCCCAAAGGCAGCCCGCAAACUGCCCGGCGAAGCCCCCAGACCGCCCGGCGAAGCCCCCAGACCGCCCGGCGAAGCCCCCAGACCCUGAAGCGGAGCCGGGUGACCACCUCACUCGAGGCCCUGCCCACAGGGACAGUGCUGAUAGACAAGAGUGGGCAGCAUUGGAAGCUGGGAUCCCUCCAGACCAGGGACGACCAGGGCAUUCUUUACGAAGGUUCAUGGUGUUCCCCAAGCUGGGUAGGAGCCUCCAGUCGGCCCUGAAUGACCACCCAAAGCACAUCAUACCGGAGAGGUCUGUGUUCCAGGUGGCCUGCCGGCUGCUGGACGCCCUGGAGUACCUCCACGAAAACGAGUAUGUUCAUGGAAACGUGACAGCUGAGAAUAUCUUUGUGAAUCCAGACGACAUGACCCAAGUGACCAUGGUAGGCUACGGCUUCACCUUCCGGUACUCUCCAGGUGGCAAGCAUGUGGCCUACAUUGAAGGCAGCAGAAGCCAACACGAGGGGGACCUCGAGUUCAUUAGUGUGGACCUGCACAAGGGAUGCGGGCCCUCCCGCCGCAGUGACCUCCAGACCCUGGGCUACUGCAUGCUCAAGUGGCUCUAUGGGUGCCUGCCGUGGACAAACUGCCUCCCCAACACUGACGACAUCAUGAAGCUGAAGGAGAAGUUCCUGGACAACCCAGAGUCCCUCGUGGAGAAGUGCAGCAGAUGGAACAGGCCCUCAGAAUUUUUCAAACUGCACAUGUAACAUGUGCCCAUUGGAGAAAAACCAAAACCUUCAUAUAAAAUAAACCCAGAAGUGUCCCUGAACAACAACAAGAACAUCAAAAACCAUAUACGUAUAUAUUUUUUAAUAAUUUAUUUUACUGUUUGUGGUUGAGAACAAUACCGGUUCAAUGAUUUCUACAUGUACAAUUAAGUGAGAUAGAUUACAUUCUUUGAGUUGUGCGAUUCUCACCCUUCUUUUUCAAAUUGGUCCUCCCCCUUUAACAUAAGCUCACUACUCCCUAAGCUUCCUGUCUAACCCAGUAAAAAAACCCAGUAGCUGUUGUCAAUUUGAUACUAUACAGACAGUUCUUUAAAAACAGCGCAACGCUUACAUAUUCUUACAUAAUUUAUUUUAUUUUUUGUCAUCGUUGAGAAUCUACACAGCAGAACAUACACCAGUUCAACAGUUUCUACAUGUGCAAUUCAGUGACAUUGAUUAAAUUUUGCGAAUUGUGCAUCCAUUCUUACCCUCUUUUUCCAAGUUUUUCCUUCCCCAUUAACAUAAACUCAUUGCGCCUUAAGUUUCCUACCUAAUCUUUUGAGUUGCUAUUGUCAGCUUGAUCCCAUGUAGAUAGUUCUUAGCACAAUGCUUAAGGCAGACAUUCUUUAUUAAUUAAGCUAAACUACUGUUUGUUUGAAGAAAACUUUAAGGGGUAUUUUUGGUUUUAAAGUUUAAGGUUUAAAGAUGAUAUCAGGGCAGUAGUUUCAGGGAUUCAUCGAGCCUCCAUGGCUCCAGAAAGUCUGGAUUCCAUGAGAAUUUAAAAUUCUCUUCUGCAUUUUCCCCUUUUGAUCAGGAUCCUUUUAUAGACUCUUUAGUCAAAAUGUUCAGUAAUUGUAGCCGGGCACCAUCCAGCUCUUCUAGUCUCAUGAUGAAGGAGGCUGUUGUUCGUGGAGGCAGUUAGCCUCACAUUCCAUUUCCUCCUGCUAUUCCUGACUCUCCUUCUUCCUCUGACAUAUAUAUAUUUUUUAAUGGAACCAUAUAACCUAUGUUGGUCUCCAAGUUGCCUUUUUCCUCAUUUAAGAAGAAUAGAUCUUGGAGAUUUUCUGUGUUGGUGCUUAAAGAAUUUUGUCAGUAUUUUGUCCCCUCUGAGCACCCCUCCCAGGCUCUGGACUGGCUACACCACUCAGGUCUCUCUCAUGGCGGUGGGUAUCUU